CUGACCAGCAAGCAAGCAACGCCAACGACGCAUACAACAACGCACACUACUCAACCUCCAUCACAUCCAUCGCACAACAAAGGGAGCGAUACAGCAACGCUCGCUAGCAGCGCACACUCGGCCUCGACGCACGACACGACACGCACACACACAACAAACAGGCCACACCGAGGCCCGCCGCCAGGUCCCUCCGCCCGCCCGACCACAGCCAGCCAGCCAGCCUCCGUCACCCCCGCUCCUCCACACACCCGUCAACACGCGCAAAGCCGGCGCUGUUCUUGAGCCGUUCUAGACCCCCACCUGUCGUCGCCAGCCACGAUGCCCAACCUCAUCGAUCCGCGGUACUGCUGUUGUGCCAUCCCGCUCGUCAACGCUGGCAUCUACGCCAUCAUCGCCGAGCAGGCCGCCCUCGGUAUCGCCGCCGGCGUGCUCUCGUUCGUCGCGCCCGCAGUCGUCGGCGCCGAAGUGCCGUCCUUUGUGACGUACAUCUUUGGCAUCGUGUGCUUUGUCGGCGUCGCCGUCCAGCCGCUAGGCUUCUUUGGCGUCUUCCGUGAAAAGACGUCGACGUUCCGCUGGUACAGCGCCCUCAACGCCAUUGCCCACAUUGCCGCGUUCGUCGUGGCAGCCGUCAUCAUCAUCAUCUCGGCCCUUCGUCACAACACGGCCGUGUCCAACUGCGAGAUCGACUACUUUGCGCCCAACAACCAGACGACACAGAUUGCAAACUCGACGCUCACUGACCAGGGUAAGGUGCUCUGCAACGCAUUUGCAUGGGCCGACGUAGGCUUCAUGGGCGGCCUCUGGGUCAUCCUCUGCAUCACCCAGCUCUACUUUGUCAUCACGGCCAGGCAGUACUCGGUCGCCCAGGUCUCGGACCACAAGCUCUACCACUCGGUCUACAGCGAGAACCCCGAGGCCUUCACCAUGUCCAUCCUCCAGUCGCGCCGCUACAACCCCGACUCGGUCAUGUUCACGCACCCGCCCCGCCACUCGGAGGCGUGGGACCACCGCGCCUCGGGCGAGAGCGGCCGUCACGAGCCAGGACCAAACACUGGAAGCGCCUACUAUGGCCACCAGCACAGCUACUCUGAUGGUCGUGGUGCCGGUGACAACGGCCGGUACGACGACGCAGAGUACAUAAACCACCCCAGCCCCCAUGACAACUAUGCCUUCAACAGUCCUGGUGGUGGGUACGUUGACCCCCAGUACAUCCACUCAACCCCAGGCCCCCACAUCCACUAUCCUGACUCUGCUCCUCCUCCUCCUGCCCCCAAGACCUAAACACCCACGCCCUCCCUUCCAUUCCCUCAUCACAAGACUACACUGUUGAAUACAGAGACAUGCCCCAUAUACCCUCUCAUGUACUGUUAUGCACGCAUGGACUAUUGCAA